AUGUUGCAGUUGUUGUGUCUGCUGACCUUCUGGCUGCUGCUGCGUCAGUCACUGACUGAGAAGAAAGACAGACAGACGGACACACAGCUGUCCAACAUCAAUGUCCACGUGGAGGAGGAGGAUGUGCAGAAGAAGAAGGAGGAGGUCCUGUAUGAGGAGGUGCUGCUGCUGGGAGCAGGAGGAGGAGUUCAGAUGGAGGCUCUGGUUGCCGUGGUUACCAGGAUGUUUAUCAAAUACUGGAUCUACGUCUGCGGGAUGAUGUUCUUCUUCGUCAGCUUCGAGGGGAAAAUUGUCCUCUACAAGGUCAUCUACAUGGUCAUGUUCCUGUGCUGCGUGGCCCUGUACCAGUUGAACUACGAGCGUUGGCGUGCCUUGCUCAGGGGCUUCUGGGUAGCAGUGGUGGUUUACUCCAUGCUGGUUCUGAUCCUGGUUUACACCUUCCAGUUCCCCUCGUCCCCCCACACCUGGAGCUACUAUACUGGACUCAGCACACACAGGUUGGAGGAUGUUGGUCUGGAGAAGUUUUCGGUUCCGGUCCUCUUCACCAGGAUCUUCAUCCCUGCGGCGUUCUUACUGGUGUGCAUCGUUCACCUGCAUUACUUCCAUGAGCCGUUCCUGCAGUUGACUGACCUGAAGACUGUAGUGGAAACACACAACAGCACCAUCACCAGGCUGGUUCACUCUGACGGCAGCCUGGUCGACCUAUCGUUGGGUGGAGGUCCUCAGCUCCACCUGGAGGAGGAAAAGGGAGGAGGACAGGGGGUCGGAGAGGAGACGUGGAUGAAGGAGGAGGAGGAGGAGGAGGAGGAGGAGGAGGAGGAACAGUACCCCUGCAUGUUUGACAGGGAAACCCUUUCGGAGCAGCUGACAGUGCUGCUGUCCUGGAGGCUGGUGGUGGAUCGUCUGUCUGUGCUGUUCCUGCGCCUCCUGCUGUCCCUGCAGCGGCUGCAGCGCCUCCUCUGGUGGCUGCUGGAACUGCACAUCGCCAAGAUCGUGUCCUCCUACAUCAUCUGGGUCUGUGUGAAGGAGGUGUGUGUGUUUAACCUGCUCUUCGUGCUCUGUGUGGGCGGAGCUUUGCCCUGCAGGGCGUGGCGUCCCCUGCUGUCAGGAGUCUGUACAGUCUGGACUUGUGUGGUUACCGUCUGCAAGAUGUUGUACCAACUGAACGUCGUCCAGCCUAUCAGAUACUCCGUCAACUGCUCCAUGCCCAGUAACUCCUCCCUCGACCUGUCCCAUUCGGUUUUGUACUCUGGUCCUGUUGAUCCCGCCCAGUGGGUGGGGCUUCGGAAGACGGACGGAAAACUGCUGGACUACCUGAGGUACAAUCUAAUGAUGUUAGCACUGUUAGCCUUCGAGGUGACCGUUUACCGACACCAGGAGCUGUACCGCCUCCGCCGUAACAAAGUCCCACCCCCCACCAGGACACUCUUCCAUGACAUCACCAGACAACACCUGGACGAUGGUGUGAUGAGCUGUGUUAAAUACUUCCUCAACUACUACUUCUACAUGUUUGGACUGGAGACCUGCUUCCUGCUGGCUGUGAACGUGAUUGGUCAACGGAUGGAUGUGUUUGCUGUCGGGCACGCCGUUGGCCUCAUUGCUGUCCUAUCACAUCGCAGCAGGAAGCGCAUCGCUUCAGUGUGGCCACGGUACUGCUACUUCCUGUCGGGUGUGCUGUGCUUCCAGUACCUGCUGUGCAUCGGCUUCCCUCCUGCUACCUGUGCAGAGGAAGCAGGUGGAUGGAUGUGGGCGGGGCUGACGGGGCUCCUCUGUUCCAGGAUCAGCAUCUUCUGUAUGGGAUACCUGGUGGCCUGCUUCUACUUCCUGCUGGUGGGAGGAGACCUGCUGCUCAAGCCGCCGCGCUCCAUCCUGCUCUACUGGGACUGUCUGAUCGGCUACAACGUGUUCGUCAUCACCAUGAAGAACGUUCUGUCGAUCCUGGCCUGUGGUUUCAUCAAGUCGUUGGUGUUGAAUCACUGUUGGUUGAUUCAGCUCUUCAGUUUGGCCUGCACCAUCAAGGGAUACACCAGACCGGAGCAGCAGAGCAGUAAACAGUGCGAGCUGCCGAGCGACGAGGCCGGCAUCAUCUGGGACGGCGUCUGUUUCUGCUUCCUCCUGCUGCAGAGGAGAGUCUUCAGGAGUCACUACUUCCUGUAUGUGGUGCUGGACCUGCAAAACACACAACUGCUGGCCUCCAGAGGGGCGGAGCUCUUCGAGGCGUCCACGGUGAAAGCUGUCCGAGCGAGACUGGAGGUGGAGAAGACGUCCAUGGACCUGCUGAAGAGACAGAUGGAGAGGAUCAAAUCACGACAGCAGAAGUUCCGCAAAGGAAAAGAGAAAAUGCUGAGCGUGACCCAGGACAGCGUCCACACCGACGGUCAGGAGAGCAGGAAGCGGCAGAAGGAGUGGUGGAGGCCCUGGGUGAACCACGCCUCCAUGGUGCGCAGCGGCGAUUACUACCUGUUCGAGACGGAUAGCGAGGAGGAAGAGGACGAGAAGAGGGAGGAGGAGGAGGAGAAGGAGCAGGAGCUUCCGGAGAAGUCGGCGUUCCAGUUCGUCUAUCACGCCUGGAUCACCGACUCCAGAACGGCCAUGAGAGCUCACAGCAACCAGAAGAAGCUGCUGAAGAAGAACUCGUCUGAACGAAAGAGCAGGACGGACGACAAGAGGGCAGAAACCGGGGUGAUCGAAGUAACGGAGGAGGACGAGGAGGACGAGGAGCCGGAGGACGGACCAGACACAGUGCUGCGUCGGUUCUCCAACACGCUGCGGUUCUGCUGGGUUCUGCUGUCGGCCCUGCUGGACUCUCUGACCGCCUGGCUCAGUGGUUUGUGUCAGGAACACAUCGACAUCUCCACCGUCCUCCGCAUCGAGCGCUGCAUGCUAACUCAACAGGCCAAGCAGGGUAACGUGCCCAGCAGGGAAGCCAUCAACGUUUACUACCAGGAGCAGAUGAUGAAGAGCUCCAAAGAGUCCGGCCUGGACUACAGUACCCAUGAGGCCGAGCAGCAGGACGGCGAAGAGAAGGGAGGAAGCCCCGAUGCUCAUGAAGGAGAAGGAGGAGGUGAAACAGCAGAGGAGAAACCAGGAACAGAACCAGAACCAGAGAGUUCAGAGGCAGCAGGUGACCCAGCCAUGGAUGCUGAAGGUUGCCCAGAAUGUCGAGUGGCUAAAACCAGCCAAAGGUCUCGACCCAAACUGUGGAGGAUGGAGAGAGUCUGGUCCUCGUCCUCCUCAGAGAGCAUCAGUGGGACGCACAGUACUGAGUUAUACUCCCACCUUCCCCCACAGUGCCAUGGGUUGUGGGACCAGACUGUUACCACGGAGACCGACACUCAGUGUCAUCAUGACGACCAGGCUGACUCCGCCCAUGGCAACACCUCCAUCAACAUGGCCGACCCAAACAACACUCUGCGACGGCGAGGACGCAGACGAACACACUCGAGCUCCACCCAGCAGCGCUCUCCUGCAGGCAGUGUAAGCUCUGGGACUCAGCAGCCCGGCAGGUUGGACCUGCUGCUGGACAAACUCAGAGAACUUUCCAUCCGGGCCAAGCAGUACUCUGUUAGCAGGUGUAUGUCUCUUUACCAUCCGCUCUGUCAGUUCUUCAGAGCUCUCGUCCAACCAGAGUACAGCGCCGUCACCGACGUCUACGUCCUCAUGUUCCUCGCCGACACCGUCGACUUCAUCAUCAUCGUGUUCGGCUUCUGGGCGUUCGGAAAACACUCGGCUGCUGCUGACAUCACUUCCUCCCUAUCAGAGGACCAAGUUCCUGAAGCCUUCUUAGUCAUGGUCCUCAUCCAGUUCGGCACCAUGGUGAUAGACAGGGCUCUGUAUCUGAGGAAGACCGUUUUGGGGAAGUUAGUCUUCCAGGUGAUUUUGGUUUUUGGGAUUCACUUCUGGAUGUUCUUCAUCCUGCCGACAGUCACUGAGAGGCGUUUCAAUCAGAACCUGGUGGCUCAACUCUGGUACUUUGUCAAGUGCAUUUACUUCGGUCUGUCGGCCUAUCAGAUCCGAUCUGGUUACCCAACACGGGUUCUAGGAAACUUCCUGACGAAGAGCCACAACUACCUCAACCUGUUCCUGUUCCAGGGUUUCCGCCUGGUUCCCUUCCUAACCGAGCUGAGGGCGGUGAUGGACUGGGUCUGGACGGACACCACCCUGUCUCUGUCUUCCUGGAUCUGUGUGGAGGAUAUUUACGCCCACUGCUUUGUCUUAAAGUGCUGGAGGGAGUCUGAGAAGAGGUACCCGCAGCCUCGUGGGCAGAAGAAGAAGCGGGUGGUGAAGUACGGGAUGGGCGGUCUGAUCGUCCUCCUGCUGAUCUGUAUUGUCUGGUUUCCACUGCUCUUCAUGUCUCUCAUCAAAUCUGUGGCCGGAGUGGUGAACCGGCCACUCGACGUCUCUCUGACCAUCACACUGGGAGGCUUCCAGCCGAUCUUUACGAUGAGCGCGCAGCAGAAUCAGCUCAGAGAUCUGACUGAGGAGGACUUCAGCUCCUUCAUCAGCUCCUACAGCUACACACCUAGUGCCCUGCAGUUCCUGGAGGCGUAUGGCCGCGAGGACGUGACGGUGGCGGAGCUGCAGGGCAGCAGCAACUCUCUGUGGACCAUCAGCCCCCCCAGCAGGCAGUACCUGAGCCAGGUGCUCAGCCUGGACCACUUCCCCCUGACUGUGUCCUGGACGGUCCAGAGGAACUUGAGUCUGGGAGCAAAGGCGGAGCUUGCGUCAGGUAAACAUGUGACCUACCUGGACGAUGAGACUCGCCUGGAGCUGAUCGAGCUUCUCAACGGAACCAGGACGCUGCCUGUGGUGAUACAGGACGUGUUUCCGUGUUUCAUGCGAGCUCCCAGCGACUCCAAUGCCAAACCCAUCGAGCAGCUGUACUCAGACAACCGCUACAAGGACAUCCUGCUGGCCUUGGAGCGGUCAACCAAUCAGAGCAGAGAGAUUCAGGAGUGGUGGAUCGUCGACCAACCAACUGUCAGCUUGGUUCUUGGCGGCGGGGCUUCUCUGAGUGACAGACGGGAGGCGGGGCUUCAGCUGGUUGUGUUCAGUGACAAAGUCAGUCCUCCGAGUCUGGGCUUCCUGGCUGGAUAUGGGAUCAUGGGUCUGUAUGCGUCGGUGGUUCUGGUCAUCGGGAAGUUCGUGCGGGAGUUCUUCAGUGGCAUCAGUCACUCCAUCAUGUUUGAGGAGCUGCCGUGUGUCGACCGCAUCCUCAAACUCUGCACCGACAUCUUCCUGGUGAGGGAGACAGGUGAGCUGGAGCUGGAGGAGGAGCUUUAUGCCAAACUGAUCUUCCUGUAUCGAUCUCCAGAGACUCUGAUCAAAUGGACGCGACGAUGAUGUCACAGCUGUGGUUCCUCACCUGUUACUCGGAGAACGUGCUGCAGACGUUCCCUUGAGGUUCCUCUGAGACUGAAGACCUGAAUGUGACUGGAACGUUACCUGUGCGCUGGGUGACCAAUAGGAGCAGCUGGAGACUGCUGACACUCUGAUGAUAAACUGUGACUAAGCAGAAAGAAGAACGAUCAAGUAUAUAUCAGUAUUAAGUAUUGAUUAUUGAUAAGUGCAGGGACAGUCGCCCUCCUGGGGACUCUGGAAUCAUUAAUUGUGUCACUUUGUGUCGUGGAAAUGACUCACUGAUGUCCUGAAGCAGAAUUAAAGCGGAUUCAUGUUGAA